UAAGAAGCAUUAUGAUGGUAAGACGCCCGGAGCCUGUUCGAAAGAGGAGGGAUCGUCUUUAAGAAGGCUGAUGCUGUCGCAGUAAGCCUGUUCUCUCUACACCACUCACAGUCUCAAUCCACCAUACGCUUUUCCAUUUCACUUCAAACUUCUCAACUAUUUUUAAGCAAUGAAGAAGUGAAAAGAGACCAUUGGACGUGAAUGAUCAAGAUUCCUAUAGGAGGAAGAGAACGUUUUGCCUUUCUUUCUUGCAGUAGAGGGGCCCCUUGCCACCAUGCUGUUGAAGCUCCUCCUCCCUUGCCUGCUGUUCGGAACUCUGAACCAGGCUCAGCAGGAACCCGCGAAGGAUUGCUCAGCCCAGAUCAAGUGUCCGAUCAACGUGUAUUUCACCAUCGACACGUCGGAGAGCAUCGCCCUGCAGGUGCUUCCUCCGGGGGGCCUGGUGGAUCGGGUCAAGACCUUUUCAGAGCACUUUGUGAAGAAGCUGCAGGAGGAGAAGUACAAGGACCACAUCUUGAUCACCUGGGAGUUCGGGGGGCUGCACUUCUCCAAUCGAGUGGAGAUCUACAGUCAGAUCACCAGCAACUCCAGUGAAUACAUCCAACGCCUGCGCAGUAUCAAUUACUUGGGUCGGGGCACCUUCACGGACUGCGCCCUGGCCAACAUGACCUCCCAGGUGGUGGCCCAGGCCUCUCCAGAUAACCGUGUGCGCUUUGCCGUGGUGAUCACUGACGGGCACGUGACGGGCAGCCCCUGCGGGGGCAUGAAGGCCAGGGCAGAGAGUGCCCGGGACGCGGGGAUCAGGCUCUUCGCCGUGUCCCCCAGCGCUAACAAGUACGAGUCGGGGCUGAGGGAGAUCGCCAACAGCCCUGUCGAGCUGUAUCGCAACAACUACCAGGCCACCGGGAUCACAGGAGAGAUCCACAUGGAAACCAUUGACCGCAUUAUCAAAGUCAUGAAACAAGAAGCCUAUUCUGAGUGUUACAGACUGACUUGCUUGGAGAAGCCAGGGCCCCCUGGUCCAAAGGGCUACAGAGGACAGAAGGGUGUAAAAGGAGACAUUGGGGGCGCAGGACCUCCUGGGGAAAAAGGAAGACAAGGGGAUCCCGGUAUUGAAGGUCCAAUUGGUUACCCUGGCCCCAAGGGGUUUCAUGGCAUGAAAGGAGAAAAGGGGGAAUUUGGAUCUGAAGGAAAGAAGGGUGUUGCAGGGCUGGCUGGGCGUAAUGGAACAGAUGGACAGAAGGGCAAACUUGGACGUAUCGGAGCUCCAGGUUGCAAAGGGGAUCCUGGUGACAAGGGCCCCCCUGGGUAUCCUGGUGAUGUUGGAGAGAGGGGACAAGAAGGAGACCUCGGUUCUAAGGGAGACCCCGGCCGGCCAGGCAGAGACGGGCCCCCUGGGCCCCCCGGAGAGCCAGGACAGAUGGGAGAGCGAGGAAGUCCAGGAUCCCCCGGCUUUCCUGGGCAGAAAGGAAGACAGGGAGAUAGAGGCGAAGGUGGACCCAAAGGAGAACCGGGGCGGAGAGGAGACCCGGGAACCAAAGGCGGUGCUGGGCCAACUGGCCCCAAAGGAGAGAAGGGAGACGUCGGCCCUGAGGGGCAGAGGGGACUUCCUGGAGAAGUAGGAAACAAAGGAGCCAAGGGAGACUUGGGACUGCCAGGACCCAGAGGCCCUUCUGGAGAAAUCGGCAAUUUAGGAAGAAAUGGCUCCCGUGGAGAUUCUGGUGAUGUGGGUCAGAGAGGGGAACCUGGAGCUCCAGGACCAAAGGGUGACAGGGGAAGAACAGGAUUCAGCUACCCAGGCCCACGCGGACCCACGGGUGAUCGUGGUGAUAAAGGCAACCCAGGACCUCAGGGAGCACGGGGUGAAUACGGCCAGAAGGGAGCCCCUGGUGUUAAGGGCACUGGUGGAGACCCAGGUGAUCCAGGACCUACUGGAGAGCCUGGACCGCGAGGACCCCAUGGAGAAAGAGGAGAGCCGGGAGAUCCCGGCCCUGAAGGAGAUCCCGGCCUGACAGACUGUGAUGUCAUGACCUAUGUCAGAGAGACCUGUGGAUGCUGUGACUGCGAGAAGCGCUGUGGGGCUCUGGAUAUUGUCUUUGUGAUUGACAGCUCUGAGAGUGUGGGGCUCACCAACUUCACUCUGGAGAAGAACUUUGUAAUCAACGUGGUGAGCAGGCUGGGUUCCAUCGCCAGGGACCCCAAAUCGGACACAGGCACUCGCGUUGGCAUCGUCCAGUACAGCCACGACAACACCUUUGAAGCUAUCCAGCUGAACGACUCACGCAUCGACUCUCUGGCCACCUUCAAGGAUGCUGUGAAGAGGCUGCAGUGGAUCGCAGGGGGCACCUACACCCCCUCCGCCCUGCGCUUUGCCUACGACCAGCUGAUCAAAGGCAGCAAGCGUGACAAGGCCAAGGUCUUCGCUGUGGUCAUCACAGACGGGCGCUACGACCCGCGUGACGACGAGACGCUCCUGCAGUCUCUGUGCAGUGGCGACGUCAUCGUCAACGCCAUCGGCAUUGGGGACAUGUUCAGCCGCCACCAGGAGGAUGAGAGCCUGAAAUCCAUCGCAUGCAAUGAUCAGAGCCGCGUGACCGGGAUGAACCUGUUUGCAGACCUGGUGGCCGAGGAGUUCAUCGACAAAAUGGAGGAGGUGCUGUGCCCAGAUCCAUUUGUUGUUUGCCCAGACCUUCCCUGCAAAACAGAGCUUGCCGUAGCACACUGCACUCAGCGCCCGGUCGACAUCGUCUUCCUGCUGGACGGCUCAGAACGGAUCGGCUCUGAGAACUUCCGCUACGCCCGCACCUUCGUGGAGGACGUGGCGCAGCGGCUGGCCCUGGCCCGCCGCGAGGACGACGAGCUGAACGCACGCAUGGCUCUGCUGCAGUACGGCGGCGAGGCCGAGCAGAGAGUAGCCUUCUCCCUGACGCACAACCUGACCGUCAUCGCGGACAGCCUGGCGCAGAUGAAAUACCUCGACUCCUCCUCCAAUGUGGGCGCUGCCAUUAUCCACGCCAUCAACAAUAUUGUCAACGGUGAGGGUGGGCGCCAGAGAGUCGCCCGACGCAACGCGGAGCUCGCCUUCGUCUUCAUCACAGACGGCAUCACCAGCAGCAAGAGCCUCUCGGAGGCCGUCACUUCCAUGAGAAAGGUUGAUGCCGUACCCACGGUGAUCGCCGUGGGCGACGAUGUAGACAUGGACAUCCUGCUGCAGAUCGGACUGGGAGAUCGGGCGGCCAUCUUCAGAGAGAAAUCCUUCUCCCAGCUCUCCAGGUCCAGCUUCUUCGAUCGCUUCAUCAGGUGGAUUUGUUAGUAGUGCUGUUAUGGGAGGGGGGUGGGGGAUGUAUUAUUGGAAAUAAACACAAAAUCCUUUCUUGACAUACCAGUAACUUUUUUUAUGAGCUAUUGAUUCUUGGGUUAGAAUUUUAAACAGAAAAAAGAAUCACGCCAUUUUUUUUUUACAUUAUGGUGCUAUUGUUAGAGAAGUUUUGGAGAAUGUGUUUGUGUUUCUCACUGAAUAUACUUGUAUGCUUCUGUCACUUACCUGUAAUCUAGAGAUCUGUGGAUUGCUUUUAGUUUUUGUUUCCUCCAGGCCACAGCUUUAGUUCAACAUGUUCAUUGUUUAAUUGAACCAUUAAACCUCCCUCCAGUUAAUGAUCUCACCACACAGUGCAGAAGGGCCCUCCAGAUCCGGAGUUGUCCAUCUCUCUUUGUGGUUUUCCAAAGUAAACUAUCUUUCAAUUUCAUGUCAGUCUUUAAAAGGAAAUCAUGUAUACAGAUAUAAAAUCUGUUAGCAAAUCAUGCCAUAAAACAGAUUAUUGUACAAUGCACUUGCAAAUUCUGAGUUAAAACUUUUUGAGAUGAAACUAUGUUAAGUGCACACCAAGGUGAGAAAAGGGGGGAGGGAAAUGAAAGUGCUGUUCUUUGUCCCAAAACUAAUUAAAACAUUGAUGAAGGCAUUGCCCAAAACGAAUUCACAAAGUCGCCUCAGGAUUUAUAAUUAAGUGUUUGAAUUAAGUUUAUGUUAAGAAUUUGAAUUUGAUCUGCCUGACACUUAUUUACAAUUGUUGCAACAACAGUUGCAAAUACAUCGCAACUACACUGAUAGGUAAUCUUCCUAAGACAUGUAUAAAAAAUGUUGAGGUUUUACAUGCUGUAAACUUGUACCUCAUUAAUGCAGAGUGUACUGGACAUGAAGCAAAUACAUUUAUUCAGUAGAUCUUCAGUUGAAAGUGGUGUCCCCCAUGAUCCCUAGCUGAAACUAUAUUUUCAACCUAUCCUGGGAUUACAUUUUAAAUAUGAGGGAAUUUUCUAUAUAGCGACUUUUAAAAGGAACCAAAUAGCAUAACCACUGUACUACAAACACCUGGUGGGUUUUGCCAUGUCAAGCAGUGUUUGCAUCAAGCUGUAAGUAUGUAGACACUGCUGGACUUUCUGAUGAAAUAUUAGCAGUAAGGAAGAGACCAGCAUUGUGCAUAGUGUUGCGUUCCAGGUAAGAUUCACUUUAUUCAGCUAACCAACAUUAUUUAAAAAAAAUCUUUUAACAGUAGAGUUAUCAUUAUUGUAACUUUGAAUAUAACAGAGAAUAUCACUUAUUGUAACUUUGUUUAUGAAUACCAAUUACCAAAGGAAAGCUUGUGGCAACAUCAGAGUUUCUGCAGGCUGCUGACAACCAGUUUUUUUUUUUUUUCUAGUAAAUGUCAGUCGGGAUCUCACAUACAAGAGCGUCUGUUAAACAUUCCUUUAAAAGAAGGGUUUUAUCUGUAAAAUGCCAUCUUGCUACCUAGGUGUUAAAGGGGAUGUAGCACAAUCAGCUUUCUGUUUUGUGUAUUUUUUUUAGUAAAAUAAGUUUUUCCCGCU